CGCUUUUUUAAUAUUUUCUCUCAUCUCUAAUCAGUUAUAAUGCCUGUUCCUUUUGAAGCACUUAUUCCUUUUGCUAUUAUUACUGGUAUGUUUACUGUCACUGCAACAGGCUUAAGUAUCACCAGAUACUACACGAAUGAUAGAAAGCCUGGUAGAUAUGGUCUUGAUGUUUGGGAGAAACAAAUGAUGGAACGUGAUAGACGUUUAACUGGAUCAAUUAGAGGACAGUCUUCUGAACCUAUUGCACCAGCAGGAUUUGCUACAAAUAGUAUUUGGUAUUUAGAAAAGAAGAUCUCACAUUAAAAAUAGUAAAAAGGAAGAGAGAGUUGAUUAUUUACCCGAUAUAUACGAUAAUGUUCCAUUUGUAUCUCACCUGUCAGAAGUUAUUAUUAUUAAAAAAAAAGAAGAAAAAAAAAAAAGAAAUAUGUAUUGUAGAUGUAUCAUAUAUCUAUACAUAUAACAAUUAUAGUAGCAAUAAAUAAUAAAAUGAUAAUAAUAGUAGUAAAUG